AUUGUUGUCAUUUUCUACUGACGUCUUCAUUUUCUGCCUGUUUUUGUACAUUUCGCAAACGAAAAAUUCCCAAUUUCCAGUGCUCAACAAUAGUUCCUAGCAGGAAAAAUGCAACGCCAAUGUCGGUAAAGCGGUACUGUUUUCGUUUGUGCUACCGAAUACGUUGCCCCCCGGACCUGCGGAACCAGUCAGCCUGUGCUGCUGACGACGAACCACUCCGAAGAUGUACUUCUCAAUAGGUUGGCCACGGGUGCUCAAUAGUGGCCCGCAUCGCAGCAUCCGCAAAGUUGUGUGCGAUCGGGUGAAAAUUUUGUUUGCUGUUCUGGCAGAAGAUGCCAUCGUUAUCUGGUACUCGAAGCCCUGUGUCCCAAUUACGUCCAAGCUAAGAAGCAAAGAAUGUUUGGAAAAGUACGGCGUCAACACGAAUGUAGAAUGGAAACCAGAUUCGAGCAUGCUGCUCGUGACGACCGGAGGGACGGCGCAAGGUGGUACCUUGUUCAUGUAUACGCUAAUCGUGAACGAUACGCCGAAGGGGGUCUACAAUCAAAAUGAUUCACCGUUCGCCAACCUGCGCCGGGACAGUGCCGAGCUGUUUCUGAAAGAAACCAUUCCUUGUUUGAAGCUUUCUUUGACGCAUUGUAUUUGUCUGUACGUUCCAAUUUGUUGUGUGUCGUGCAUUAAUGUAAAUCAAAUUGUGAUCUCCACCCAAGAGGGACGAAUUAUUCGCCUGAACUGGGAGGGAGUGGAAGAACGGGAUUAUGCACUCGACCUCAAACGAAUCCCUUUUAGUGUUAACCAGCAAGUUAGCUAUGCCGUCCCAAUUUUGGAGAAGAAUGUGUAUGUUUCCUCCAUUGAUUAUUCACCGCUGCUUUGCGGUUUCGGCAUCACGUUAAACGAUGGCCGUGCAGCCUUUCUCACCGCAAACAACACAAAGUUUGAUCCCAACCAAGUACAAGGAAUCUGGUGCCAAAAUGUGGAUGAUGCGACGUGUACCGUCAUCAACCACAAGUAUCGUCUGAUAGCGUUCGGACGAAGGAACUCUCAAACCAACAUGUACGUGAUCGACGACUUAACGGGCGGCCUGGAGCUCUCGCAUAAGCUGUCGUUGAGUGCAAAAGAUUUUCCCGGAUCGCCAGGCUACGUGCGAGACAUGAAGUGGACUCCCGAUGGAUGUGCUAUCAUAGUGGCCUGGGGAAACGGAGGAAUAUCGCUGUGGAGCACGUUCGGGUCGCUUCUGCUCUGCUCACUUGCCUGGGACUAUGGGCUGCACGUGGAUUUGUCCAAGAGCGAUCCAUUCAACGUUUUGAGUAUGGAUUGGUCAACUGAAGGAUAUCAAUUGCUCAUGGUUCGACAGACAAAUGAACACACAACUAAAUUGGAUAAUGGCACGCACGAAGCUGCUGAAGCGGGAAACGAGCCUGAAUCUGCUAUAGCUACAGUAUUGGUACAGCUGGAUUUUGUUAAAAGCAUUCUAACGAUCAAUCCGUGCAUGAGCAAUAAUUCGUUCCUGUUGCUGCAAGGAGACGAUAAGCUGUACAUCAACCAUGGUGACGUGUUGCAAAACAUUUAUCCUGCCCACAAAUCCAGCUACGAUUCCACCAACGAAGGCGACGUUUCGUAUUCCGGCAAAGCGGACGAAUUUGGCAAAGAUUCAGCUUACAUACCGUCGGGAGAACCCGAUCCAGUCAACGUCGGGGGCGACAACUACCUUAAAUUCAACAGUGUACUAUCCGAGAGCAAACACUGGGUGGUGUUAAACCUUCCAACUGCCUACAUCUCUUCCAACUGGCCGAUUCGGUACAGUGCAAUAGAUCAUUCCGGGACGAAUGUGGCGGUGGCGGGCCGCACUGGCGUAGCAUUGUAUUCUUUCAAUACUCGCAAAUGGAAGCUGUUCGGUAACGAAACGCAGGAAAAGGAUUUCGUUAUAACCGGCGGUUUGCUUUGGUGGAAGGAAUUCAUUAUCAUGGGUUGUUAUUCGCUGAUCGGGUUUCACGACGAGCUGCGCAUCUACUCGAAGGAAAACAAGCUGGACAAUCGAUUUGCGGAGAUUACAAAAAGUGCCAGUCCGGUGAUGCUGAUCAAUCUAUUCCGCGACCAGCUGGUCGUUUUCACAUCCGACGGUCACGUGUCAGUAUUUGCCCUCAAGCAAACCGAGGAGGACUACAACGGGAGUGACCAUCACCGGGUGGAACUGGUAAAGAUGCACAUUUACGAUAUCAAAAAUGUGUGCAUCCAUCCGGCGUGCGUGAUAUCGGUACUGAUGACGAGCCUGAAGCACGAAGGUGUGGGAUCCGGUGGCAUGCAGAAACCGAGCAGCUACGAAAACUCUCUUUCGGAAACGUUGAUCAUGAACGUGUCGGGCAGGGUGUUGAUGGUGCAGACGGACCAUCAGCAGCACCAUCACGGCACCGGCAGUGCCAGCAACCAGCUUACGUCCACCUGUCUGGCCUCAUCGGUAGAGUGUAUCUGGGUGUCUGAAUCGAACAAGACGCACAUCAAGGAAUCUCUGUGGUUGUACUGUGGUGGGUACGGUAUGCGCGUCUGGCUUCCCGUGUUUCCCCGUACGGGCGAGACUGGGUCGCGCAGUUUACGGCACACGUUCAUGAGCAAACGGAUCAUGCUGUCGUUCACGCUGAAGAUCUACCCGCUCGUGAUACUGUUCGAGGAUGCAAUCAUACUGGGGGCCGAGAAUGACACGCUGCUGUACACAAGCGAUCCGACGGUUUAUUUUUCGCUGCCAUACAACGCGUUGAAACGAACGAGUCAAGUCUAUUUGCACCAGAUAUUGCGCCAGCUGAUUCGUCGCAACCUUGGCUACAAUGCUUGGGAGAUUGCACGAUGCUGCACGAACCUGCCGUACUUUCCCCACUCGCUCGAGCUGCUGCUGCACGAGGUGCUGGAGGAGGAAGCGACCAGCAAGGAACCGAUACCGGACGCAUUGCUGCCGAGUGUGCUCGAGUUCAUCCAGGAGUUUCCCGUCUACCUGCAAACGGUUGUGCAGUGUGCUCGCAAAACCGAAAUUGCCCUCUGGCCGUACCUGUUCUCGAGCGCCGGCAAACCGAAGGAACUGUUUCAGAAGUGUAUGGCCGCUCGGCAGCUGCAUACGGCCGCAAGCUAUUUGAUUAUCCUGCAGAACCUUGAACCAUCCUCCGUCAGCCGGCAGUACGCGACGGUUCUGCUAGAUACGGCACUGGAACAGUUGGAUUGGCCGCUGGCAAAAGAUUUGGUACGGUUCCUGCGUGCGAUCGAUCCGAACGAUGUGGAAUCUCCGCGCUCGUCGUACGUGUUUGGCAACAAGUUCGGGGGAUUGAUUGCUUCCGUGCCGCCGGCACCCAAUGCGGAAGAUCUGAGUCUGAUCUUGGGAAGCAGCAUGGCGAGGGGUCGAAGCUUCUCCACCACCAUCCCAUACCCUAAAGCAAGCGAGGGGGCCGCUACGGUGGUAAACAAAGAGAAGAACAUCAUGUUCAAUAAUCCCGCAGCAGCAGCAGCAGCAGCAGCCGCGCAACAGAGCGGUGGAACGCUGAAUUCGGUCAACGAUGCGUCUGGUGAACGCCAGAUCUUACGAAGGAAGAAAAGUGUGCCAAAUACUCAAAAAGAAUGCGAUUCGUCCACGGCGGAAGAAUUCUUCAUCGAUGUGGUUCUGCAACGGCAUGCGCGUAGAUUUUUGCAGCUCCGUAAGCUGGAGGAUCUCGGGUACAUGAGCGCCACGCUAGACUUCCAUCUGGUCGGAUGGUUGAACCGCGAAAAGGAUCGAGCCGCGCGGAUAGAGGACUUUGUGAAUGCCCUCAAGUCGCUGCACGACGAGCUUGAUUGGCCGAAACCUUGUUUGGAUCUAACGUUGCUUCCAAACCCCAUGGCUCCACCGCACAUGCACUCUGAAUCGUCCCCGUCGCCCUCCUCGAACCUGUCGAACAAAUCACCACUGUCCGAGCUAACCACAGGGCGUACCGUCGAUUCGGGGUACAAUAGUCUGUCCUUUGUGCGACCGAUGGCUACAAACGGUGGUGCGAUGGCUGCUGCUGCUACAGCAACCGACGACCGGCCAGUAGAACCGCUCCAGGGACAAAAGGAACAGCGGCAGGAAAAUGUGCCCACUUCCCCGAUCGGUGCUGACCCGUUGGGCAGUACGGCUGAGGCGAAUCUGAUGCCGCUAAACGACACCGCAAGCGUACUCUCGGAAGCUGCCCAACCCAACUGGCCGGAUGAAAUGUCCACCGUGUGCGGUGCAGGUGGCAUGAUGAGCUUAACGCUCGGCGAACAAAGCUUCAGCCAAGCGAUGGAGAAAAACAUUUCCAAACAGAGCAAAUCGAUCCGGCGCAAGCAGCACAAGCUCGAAAUUCGUAUGCGCUACCUGCUGCAGAUCUUCUCCGAGGCCAACUGCUACGAGUUUGCGCUUCUGCUCUCCGUGCUGUUGCUCGAUGUGGCCUCGGUGGGGCGAAUAACGAACGCGGCAAUACGCUCGAAAUCGCUCGUAGUCUGCCGACAGCUGCGCAACGGGUUAAAGGAUAUGACGCGCUGGAGCUUUAACGAGUGUCUCGCUUACCGGCCGUUCAUGAUUGCGCUGCAGCCACAGCUGGCCGUGCUGGACAAGUUUGUCAUCCAGCAGGAAUCAAUUCCGUCGCUGAUGCACACGACAGCCGUAACCGGCGUGUCGGCCUUUUCGCCGCUUGUGAUGGGCAGCAUGCACACUUUCCGUGACUCGGAUGUUGUUCCCGGGCAGGGGACGGGCGUCGGUGGAAGUAAAGGCAUCAGUCAAACGCAGGCAGAUGCUAGACAUGGUGGCAACGCCAGCUCAAACAGCACCACGCAACGCAUGGGCUCGACGGGGACGUUGGGAAGUGUGCCGCUAUCGUCGGGCAGUGCUGGUGGAACGAGCCGCAUCGUUGUCGAUGGAGCAGCCAGCAUGCGCAGUGGCAGCGGUCAGCGGGACACGCUUGGCCAGAAGUACACGACGGCUCACACUUUCGCCCGCUCGGUGUCGGACCUGGAGGUGGCAAACAUACGGAAAAUUGCGCAGGGCAAAUCCGUAACCGAUAGUCGCUCGGUUGCAGCGACCGCAAUUUCCGAGGAACCGGAACGCACGUGCAAUGUUAUGUAAAAUGUACUCAUGCCGAGUUGGAGAAAGGCAAACGGUGAAAAGGUGCUAUAGCAAAUUAUAAUCUAUCUUACUUUAGGCACGUAAGGGGGAUGAGCAGUUGGAAGAGGAACGGAAGAAGCAGAUAUUUAAUAUAUAUAUACAUACAAAACCCAAUCGAAUGAAUCGUAGUUUCGUCUCGGUCAUUAACACCUAGUUCCGUCCAUUGGCGGUGCAGUUUGCAAACUCUCGUACUCUGUUUUUCAGAACUAAUAAUAGGAAAUAAAACUAAUUGUAAAAGGAAAGGAAAUGUCUCAAAUAGUGGUGGUUUUCGCACACUAAGCGUGGCUGUGUGGCGCGUGCACUUAGUGGACAUUUUUAAGAAAAUUUAAUUGCCAUUACAUUCCUUUAGCAUUACAAUAAAAUAUUUGGCGUUACUUAAAUAAAAA